CAGAUGGAAACGCUUCCUGUUAAAGUGGAUGAAUUGCACAGACAGGUGUGUGGUCUGUCAGAAGAGCUGAGUUCUGUUAGAGAGGAGAGAGACACUUUGAUAUCCGCUCAGUCCAGUGUGAAUGAAGACAAUCAGAGACUGAAAGAUGAGACGUCUAAAGCUCAGGGUCAGCUGCUGAAGAUGGAGAGUGAUCUGGUUGAUGCUCAGCUGGAGGAAGCAGAACUGAGCCAACAGCUCACAGAGACAUCAGAACGGCUUCAGAACAUCCAGACAGAUCUCCAGCACGUCACACAGGAGAACAGCACACUGCUCACAUCAUUAGAGGAGGCCACACAGAAGUCGGUGCAGUUGAGUGCAGAGCUGGAGUCUGUUCGUGGAGAGAGAGAUGUGCUUUUGUCUGAGAAGAUGGAGGAAGUUCAGAGAGACCCAGAUGAGAUGGAGAAGCUGCGGCACACUAUCAGCUCAAUAACUGAAGAGCGAGAGCAGCUCCAGGAGAUUCUACAGGGCCUGAGAGAAGAGAGAGACCAGCUCAAGAGAGACAUGGAGGAAAAUGUGGAGAUG